UAUUAAUAAAAGAAUAAAUCAAAAUAAAAGCCAACACUUUUCUACGUCUUAGCAAAAAGUCUGUUCAAUUUUUUAAAAAAUUAACCAAAAAAACACAGCAUAAGUACGAAUUCACACAAUGGCCGAAGCAGGAUCUGAAAUUGAAGCUUCAACAUCAAACGAACGCAAUUAUGUUGUACCGGUACGAUCCGUAAAAAGUGUGAACGAUAUGGCAUUUUGGGAGAAAUCGACUGCAUAUUAUGAUAUAAUUGGUUUUAUCAAUGCCAUCAGUCAAGCAAUACAAGGUAAAAAACUAUCCACAAAAGUGGAUGCAUCGCCAAUUGCUGAUAAUCUCGUACAGGUGUUUGAAGUACUGAAUAAACUGGUCGAUGAAACACCACCACUAGAACAACCGCAACGUUUUGGUAAUAAAGCAUAUCGGGAAUGGUUUGAAAAGAUGAAAAUCCAAUCGCCAGACCUUUUGAAACGUGCUCUGCCAGCCGAAUUUCAUCCAGCACUCAUCGAAGUCGCCGAAUAUUUCACCGAAUCAUUCGGCAAUGCCACACGAAUUGACUACGGAACUGGUCAUGAGUUGACAUUCAUUAUGUUUUUGUGUGCAUUAUACAAAAUUCAUGCGUUAACUGAAAGUGAUAAUUUGCAUACUGGUUUGAAAAUAUUCAAUGAAUAUUUGCUAUUUGUGCGUCGUUUGCAAUUGACAUAUCGUAUGGAACCGGCUGGUAGUCAUGGUGUCUGGAGCCUAGACGAUUACCAAUAUGUUCCGUUUAUUUGGGGAAGCGCACAGUUGGCCGUGAAUGCACCGUUUGAACCGCAUCAUUUUCUCGAACCCGACGUUAUCGAUCGUUACAAGAACGAAUACUAUUUCAUUGGAUGCAUUGACUAUAUUCUUCAGGUGAAGACGGGUAGUUUUGCAGAGCAUUCGAAUCAACUAUGGAGCAUCAGUAGCGUUGAUUCAUGGGUAAAAAUCAAUUCUGGUCUGGUCAAAAAGUACCAAAAAGAGUUGCUUGCCAAAUUCCCUGUGAUUCAACAUGUGCUAUUUGGUUCUAUCCUCGAAUUCAAACGAAUCAAAGAAGGAACCAUACUACCAACAGCCCGAUUAGGAAUGUUACCUCCGCGCCGAGCACCCGCACCCCCUUCGUCAACAUCAACAGCACCGCCAACUGCACCUUCUUCAUAAGUUUACAAAUUAAGCCAUUUUUUCCGUGACUUUUUUUUCAUCAUUCAAUUUUAUUUGUGUCACUUCAUUUAGUUUGUGAGAUGGAUUUUCAUCAUUUAAAUAAAAAAAAACGUUUUUUUUCUUUGU